AUGGAUAGGUGUCAGCAUAAACGAAAUUAUAUGGACGAAAUGUAUAAUAUUAUACGUAAAAUAGAAAGUUUGAAGCCCGAGCCCGAGGUGUGCAAUAUAAGCUGCCCUCCUCUAGGAUGUCCUCAAGGACCCUGUCCGGGAAUAUGUUACUCAAAAGGAGUCUUUCUUGAUCCUUGCUGCGUGUCGAGAAUAGCAUGUAGAUCGUCACUCCAGCCAUUUCAACGUUGCAUGUCACGAUGUUUAAAUGACUAUGCAUGCAAUGACAAUGUAGUUCGCUUGCCGUAUUAUGGCUCUUCAUCGAUUAUAAAUCGAGGAAACCCACAUAAUCAAAAUAGUGAUUGUUUCAAUCCUCAUCAAUCAGGAUUCCAACAAGCUUCUCACUCUUCGUCUCAUAAUCUUACAUCGACUACUUUCCCUCGUUGCACUGGAUCCGUGCAAUGUUUGUAG